CCCUGUCUGAUACUGAUACUAAACGCCACCGUUUUUCGACUCCGCAUAAACGUCACCGUUUCUCAGCUUUUUUUUUUUUUCCGAGGGCUCUGAAAUGAAAUUCAUUUCACACUCAAAUUUCACAAUUUCAUGCCCAAUUCAACAAAAUUAGGGUUCCAAUUUCUUAUGUAAACUUUUUAUAAAUUAUGUCAGCAGAGGAAAUCUCCCAAAACGGUCUUAAUACCCAAUUCGUGUUCCAAGACGAUCCUUUACGCUUUAAUUGCGGACCUACAAAUCGCCGAGUCGGCGGCGAUCCGGGUCCCAAAACCACAACCCGUGAACUUGCCGGUUUCAUAGACGACAAGCUUUUCUCUUCUUCUGCCGCCACAAACGACCGUUAUUUCCCCUCUGGACCUGAAUUCCCGCGCAAUAUGUACCGAAACUGGAACGGAAACGGAAACGGAAACGGAACUAGCGGUGAAGAAUCAGACGGUGAUGACGCGGAAGAUGAAGACAUGGAUGAUGAUGAUGAAGAUGACGACGUGGAGGGUGGUGAUGAUAACAGUAAUAGUAAUAAUGAUAAAAGCAAUAUCAAUAAGGCUACCACUACCACUACGAGCACUACUACUGGUAAUAAUAAUGUAGAUAAAAUUAUUGGAAAUGGAAAUGGAAAGCCAAAACAACAUUCUUCUUUUGUAGGGGGAGUGAUGGUGAUGAAAGAUGGAGGUGGAAGUAUAGGGCAAACUGGGAAUAAUAAUAAUGCAGUGACGAUUGCAGAGGCAGAUGGGGAGAUUUAUUACUCGCAGUAUUUGCAGGCAAAUGAAGGGUCUGGUAAUGGUGGGAAAGAUAUGGCUUUGGAGAAUGGUUGUGGCUUUAGUGGAAGAAAAGAAGCUUCUUCUUUUUCAUCUGACUCUGGUGAUUCUUUGAGAGCCAUUCUAUCUGACCCUGUCACGGGAGCUCUAAUGGAUGAUGCAAUGAUAUUGCCAUGUGGACAUUCUUUUGGUGUUGGUGGAAUACAGCAUAUUAUCAGAACGAAAGCUUGUUACACUUGCUCCCAGUCAACAACUGAAGACUCAGUUGCUCCUAAUCUUUCCCUCAGAGCUGCAGUGCAGGCAUUUCGCCGGGAAGAAGAGUUACAAUUUUAUCGCUCAUCCAAAAGGAAGAGAGAGAGGUUUGACCAGGAUAAGGGUGGUUUUGGUGAUUCGACUGCAAUGGAUGCCCCAAGGGGUCGGGGAGUGCAGUUCCCAUUUGCCGUGACAGAUCGGGUUAUUAUAAAGGGAAACAAGAGGACACCACAGCGAUUUGUUGGACGUGAGGCUGUUGUGACAACACAGUGUUUAAAUGGAUGGUAUGUGGUGAAGACAUUGGAUAAUGCAGAGAGUGUAAAGUUGCAGUAUCGAUCACUGGCCAAAGUUUCAGACGCCCCAUCUGGUAAAGCGUUGUCCAGCAAGAUACCCCCAAAUUGGCUUUAGUCCUUAUACAAAACGAGGCAGCAGUAUGUUAUCAAAAUGCCACGUUAACACUUAAUCUAACUUGUAUGUUAUAGGUUGCUUGUACUCUUUCUAUAUUGUAUUCCAUACAGGCAAAUAUGGUCAUAUGAAGGCUGUGUAAAUUAUAGAGGCCCUGAUACAGUGUAAUCAAAAAGAACCCAGAAAUGUGAUUUGAGAUGUGAACAAUAUGUUGUCAUUUUUGUUUCA